GGAUAUUUAUAGCCCAGAGCGAGGCUGCAGCAGACAGAUAAGGCUUGGAAGCAAGCCGCAGGCAGACAGGACAAGGAAGACAAGGUUUUAGGGAAACCAGGACGUUGUUAAAAUGAAGUCGUCCCUUUUGUCAGUGUUUUUCGGGGCCGCGCUGGUCUCCCUGAGCGGCGCAGCCGGCACCGACGGAGAGAUCUCCUUCGAGUACCAUCGCUACGAGGAGCUGCGGAAAGCGCUGGUGUCGGUGUGGCUGCAGUGUCCGACCAUCAUCCGCAUCUACACCAUCGGAGAAAGCUUUGAGGGCCGCGAGCUGCUGGUGCUGGAGAUGUCCGACAACCCUGGGACGCACGAACCCGGUGAGCCUGAGUUUAAAUACAUUGGAAACAUGCACGGUAAUGAGGCAGUGGGCAGAGAGCUGGUCAUCUACUUGGCUCAGUACCUUUGCAACCAGUACCAGCAAGGCAACGAGACCAUCAUCGACCUCAUCCACAAUACCCGCAUCCAUCUCAUGCCUUCCAUGAAUCCAGAUGGUUUUGAGAAGGCCGCCUCGCAGCCUGGAGAGAUGAAGGACUGGUUCGUGGGCCGCAGUAACGCACAGGGGAUAGAUCUGAAUCGUAACUUUCCAGACCUGGACCGCAUCAUUUACAUCAACGAACAGGAGGGUGGCGCCAACAACCACCUGCUACAGAACAUGAAGAAGGCCGUGGAUGAAAACGCCAAACUGGCUCCAGAGACCAAGGCUGUGAUCCACUGGAUCAUGGAUAUCCCCUUCGUUCUCUCAGCUAAUCUGCAUGGAGGAGACGUUGUGGCCAACUAUCCAUACGAUGAGACCCGCAGUGGAUCCACCCAUGAGUACAGCGCCAGUCCAGAUGAUGUGACGUUCAAGUCUCUGGCAAGAGCUUAUUCCAUAUACAACCCUGUUAUGUCCGACCCUCACCGAGCACCGUGUCGCAAGAACGAUGACGACUCCAGCUUCAAGGAGGGCAUCACUAAUGGGGGAGCCUGGUACAGUGUGCCUGGAGGUAUGCAGGACUUCAACUACCUCAGCAGCAACUGUUUUGAGAUCACUCUCGAGCUCAGCUGUGACAAGUUUCCCAGUGAGGAUACGCUCAAGACCUACUGGGACCAGAACCGCAACUCCCUCGUCAGCUACAUAGAGCAGGUUCAUCGUGGUGUCAAGGGAUUCGUCCGUGACUUGCAGGGCAGCCCAAUUUCCAACGCCACCAUCUCUGUGGAGGGUAUUAAUCAUGACAUUACUACAGCCAAAGAUGGAGACUAUUGGCGCCUACUUGCUCCAGGAAACUACAAAGUGGCAGCCUCUGCCCCAGGAUACCUGACUGUCAUCAAGAAGGUGGCUGUUCCCUACAGUCCUGCAACCAGGGUGGACUUUGAGCUGGAGUCUUUGAUUGAGAGGAAGGAAGAGGAGCGGGAGGAGCUGAUGGACUGGUGGAAGAUGAUGUCAGAGACUCUUAACUUCUAAAAGUGUUUGUCUCAUUGAUGAUUGGCUCGUCCACACAUCGAUGUAGUAUACUCAUUCUUUGUGCCCAUCCACUCUAAAGAGAAUAUACGGUCUCUUUUUGAUUAUUUUUCCAUUAAUCUUUUAAUUGAUUAUGUUGUUUGCCUCAUAACUCCUGUAGAGUAUUUGAAGAUCCUGCACACAGUGAGAGACUAAUGGGAAAUUUGCAGGUGGUUUGGUGGCAGAGACCGGUGUUGACGUAUGUGGUAUUGUGUUCUUUAUCGUACAUGUGAUUGGUGAUUGGUAGCCAUGGCACCCAUCUAUAUAACCAAUGAAUGACUGAUCAAUUGUUCAUGUAGAAGAGCAGUUUACAUCAUCAUCCCAUGGCUCUGUCUUUAAGAAGUCAUCUUUUCUUCCUGUUUUAAAUGUCUCUGUUUCUCCAGGCUUUAGUACAUAUACACAAACACAUGACACCAGCGUAGACAAAAAACCCCAACACACCUUUUGAAUUCCCAGAGACUGUAAACACACGUUCCGGGAAGAGCUCAUUCUGUUUCUGUCCUGUAAUAUAUAAAAUAACACAACACUAUGGUUCUGAGAUAAUCAGGGACAUUAAAAACACUGUAAAAUCACUGUAAACAUUUUAUUGUAAACAAACUAUACAGGCAAGCUCAUAUCCCUGUAUGUUAGUGAUGUUGAGAUUUUCUUUUUUUAAAACUGCAGCACAGCUUUGAUUUUAGCACAAAAUGAAUGGCUAUAAUAUAUAUACUGUAUUUAUGAAAUAGGUAUAGCAAGACAUGUGUGUGUGUGUGUUUUCUUUCUUUACUAAAAAAAUACAUAAAUAAAAAAUAAACACUUAUAAAUCUUGAAAUGUCAGUCUACUCAAAGCCAAUCCUUUGUAUGUACACUACACAGGAAUAACUGUAUUACAUUAAGAGCGAUGGAAGAAGUUUUAAAUAAAUAACACUAAUCUUUUGAGUGGGCAUGAAAGUUAUCUGACUGUAUGGAUGUAGUUAACCCAAAUUAAGACCACAGAAAGAAUUUACUGAAUGUACAGCUGUAGAAACGUGAGGAAUAUUAAAACAAAUGACUUGAUCAAUAAAUCUCCCUUCUUUAUGUUGUCAAA